AUGUCUGGAAGAGGCAAAGGCGGAAAGGUGCGUGCUAAGGCCAAGACCCGUUCAUCCCGUGCCGGACUCCAGUUUCCAGUUGGUCGUGUCCACAGGCAUCUGAGGAAGGGGAACUACGCCCAGCGAGUGGGGGCCGGUGCCCCUGUCUACAUGGCAGCAGUGCUCGAAUAUCUGACCGCUGAGAUCCUGGAGCUCGCUGGGAACGCAGCCAGAGACAACAAGAAGACUAGGAUCAUCCCCCGUCACCUCCAGCUGGCCGUCAGAAAUGAUGAAGAGCUCAACAAACUUCUGGGAGGAGUGACCAUCGCUCAGGGCGGAGUGCUGCCAAACAUCCAGGCUGUCUUACUGCCAAAGAAGACAGAGAAGGCUGCAAAGUCAAAGUAAUAAGUUUGUGUCAACGAACCACCAAAAAGGCUCUUUUCAGAGCCACCCACUUUCAACUUAAAGGCAUCUUCCGGCCACAGUGAAACAGAACCCACAUGAAAACAGAAACUUAUGUCCAUUAUCAAUAGUGUUCAAUUUUUUAAUAAAGACCACAAAAGGUUAUCCGUAAUAUAGAUCAACAGUUAACGGCUACAGUUUGUGUAUUAGCAUUAACAAAGUAUUAAAAUCAAACGAAAGCUGACACGUAGAUUUUACCUGAUCGCCAGAAUAAAAACACAAGUAGGUAAAGAAAAGUGAAAAUGAAUAAAUAAAAAAGGUGACACUACACGAGUUUAAAUUAGUGUUUUGUCCAAAUUAAUCUACACUCAAAAGAAACGAGCGGUUUAAUUGUUAUUUGGAUAAAUAAGGGCAGUAAUUUUGUAGCCUUCUGUUUAUUUCAGAGGCUUUGAAAACAGGAAAAGCUAAUAACCGUCUUGAAUGCGGAAGACAAAAAAGGCGGGCUGGGCGCGAACUGUUGUUUUCUCUCACGUCCGCCGACAGGGUUUAUAAAGGGAACGUCUCAGUAUGCAAUCUAUCUGUUCAGCUUUGUCGAACAAACAAUCAACAUGUCUGGUCGCGGAAAGGGAGGCAAGGGACUCGGGAAAGGAGGCGCCAAGCGUCACCGUAAAGUUCUCCGUGAUAACAUCCAGGGAAUCACUAAGCCCGCCAUCCGCCGUCUGGCUCGCCGUGGCGGAGUCAAGCGUAUCUCCGGUCUCAUCUACGAGGAGACCCGCGGUGUGCUCAAGGUGUUCCUGGAGAACGUGAUCCGUGAUGCCGUCACCUACACCGAGCACGCUAAGAGAAAGACCGUCACCGCCAUGGAUGUGGUCUACGCUCUGAAGAGGCAGGGCCGCACUCUGUACGGCUUCGGCGGUUAA